AUGCUUCGUUAUAAUAGAUUUACUAUUACUAAAAUAUCAAAGAGUACAUCCUCUGUAUGGUCUCGUCCCUUUUCUGUCACUACUUCUUCUAAGAAUGAUACUACUGGAAGUAAUAACAGUAAUGGGUUUCUAAAAUCUGUUCUUUAUGGCAAAGAAUUAGAUGGAGCAGGGAAUGUAUUAGCACCACUUGAAAGUAAUACAACACAUUCAAAGACCUUAGCUAGAGGCAAAUAUGUUCAUGAGAUGCAAAUUCAUAGAGUGAAGCCAGAAAAAGUAGAGGAAUACAUUCGUCUUACAUCUAUUCAUUAUCCUCGUAUUGCAAAUGAUCUCGAAAAUAAUGUUCAUUUAUGCGGUAGUUGGGAAACAGUGAUUGGUGAACAAGAUACAUUUGUUCAUAUUUGGGAAUAUAAAGGAUAUCCCGGUCAUCAACAAACUUUAGAGAGAUUAUCUCAAGAUAAGGCUUAUGAACAAUUUAUUAAAGAUCUCAGACCUUUAUUAGUUUCACGAGAAAAUAACAUUAUGCUUGAAUUUUCUUUCUGGAAGACAUUGCCACCGCAAGUAACAAAUGGUAUUUAUGAGUUACGUAAAUAUAACUUGAAGCCAGGCAAUUUACUUGAAUGGGAAUAUUAUUGGCGAAAAGGUCUUGAAUGUCGCAGUCAAUUUUGUAAGCCAGUUGGAGCAUGGUUUAGCCAAUUAGGAAAUUUGCAUACUGUUCAACAUAUGUGGACUUAUCCUGAUCUUCAAACAAGAAAGAUGACUAGAGAAGAGGCUUGGAAAGUUGAAGGGUGGUCUGAUACAGUUUAUAAGACAGUACGCUUGGUUGAUAGUAUGCAUUCUUAUAUUUUGAAGCCUUUAGAUUAUAGCCCAUUAAAAUAA